AUGAACCCGCGACGUGGAUUUCUGUGCGUAAAGAAAGAUUAAUUGGACGUCAAGAGGGCGCUCAGAAAAAGUGAGAGGAUCCUCGCUCGCUAUUUUAAGGGGAUUAAUUGGCCGGAAAAAUUUCAUGGAGUUGACCGAGACGUAGUUUGUGGGGUAAGAGCGAUUUGGCGUCGCGAGUUUGCCAUAUCGGUAGAAUCCGGGCGCCAGCAUUAAGCCAGGUUGGUUCGCUAGUUUUUUCACGAUAAACCGGGGCAUUUCGGUCAGGUGUCAAGCUUCAAAGAGUUUUCUACCGAAGAGAAAUUUUUGUAA